GUCUUCUUCUUCUUCUGUCCUCAUCGCGAUCGCAUUUUAUUCUAUUUUUACGUAUCUGAAUUUGCUCGUCUGUUUGGUCGGGGCAAGUCGUAGUGUGGCUGGCGAAUGUUUGGUCGCUCUGGAUCUUUUGUGUUCACUAGGUUUUCUCUCGAUUACGAAAAUUGUGCUGUAGCAGGCUAAAAUGUCUAUUGUGCGUAUGGUCGUUUUCUCGAGAUCAGUAGUAGAGUACAUAUGAUGAAAAUUUAGAGACUUUUCGUGCUCAAGAGUGCGGAAGUAGCCAUCUGAGAUGAUUACAGGGGGCUCUGUAGUUGUUCCUAGGAACUUUCGUCUUCUCGAGGAGCUUGAGAGGGGUGAGAAAGGUAUCGGCGAUGGCACAGUGAGCUAUGGCAUGGAUGACGGCGACGAUGUAUUUAUGCGCUCUUGGACCGGCACUAUCAUUGGACCAAGCCAUUCUGUCCACGAAGGUCGGAUCUACACAUUGAAGUUAUUUUGCGACAAGGACUAUCCCGACAAGCCUCCAACUGUUAGAUUCCACUCCCGAAUCAAUAUGACUCAUGUGAACUCAGAGACAGGAUUGGUUGAUCCGAGAUACUUCCCCUUACUGGCAAAUUGGCGUCGUAAUCACACCAUGGAGGACAUUCUUGUGGAGCUCAAGAAACAGAUGGCUAAUCCGGCUAACCGGAAAUUACCGCAGCCCCCUGAAGGAAGCACUUUCUAACUAGACUGUGCUUGGAAAUCAUCAGCUUCGAUUGUACUGUGGUUGCCUACUUAUCGCUGGGUAGUUGACCUUUUACGUAUCAUCGUAUGGCAAGUUAUAUUCCACAGCAGUUGAAUUACAUGUUAUACUUGAGCACUUGCCAUACGAAGUGCUAAUUUCUUUUGAUUAGCGUGACCUCCAGAAUCCUCUGAUGCAGAGUUGCAAGUGUGUCUGUGUACAGUAGACAGGCGAUGGUGUCUUUCGCAUGUCUUACUAUCACAAUUAUCAUCUCUUCUCGAACAUACCUCCCAAAUUGAUGUUAAUAGAGGAAUGUUGCAGUUUGCUUUCGCUGCUUGCCACCAAAACUCAGGAGCAUCGGUCAUUUCAUCAGGCUGGUUAUUCGAAAAGCGAUGUCAGAUAAGCUUGGGUAGCUGACAAUUAGACGAUUGUGUCUGAUGGUUAAUAUGCUGAUUAAUUGUUUGCCAUCUUACAGAUCAAUUUCUUGAAUGUGUGUCUAUAGCUCCAAUUCCGACAUUUUAUAUUUCUAAAACACCUUGGUCUAUUAUAGCAUUUUAUGCAGCAGUAUCCAGACUUUGAUCAAGCGUGUCUUGAGCUCGUCAAAGCAGAGUCAAUAGAACUGUCCACUCUAUCAUUUGUGAUUCGCAUUAUUACACAUACAUCUGGGUCUUGAUCACAUAAAUUGUGGCCUGGACUAAUGGAAGCAGGACAGAAUUCUCCAAUCACCCAGUCUUCUAGCUUGGACGAAAAGCGAUCAGUAGCUUGUCUAAAGCCAGGCUAAUGCUGUAUCGGUUGUGAGGUUAGUUUACGUCAUCCCAAGAUCUAUUUCCCUGAUCUUUGAUGGCCUGGAGCAGUUGUUGACUCACAAAAAUAGAGGUAGUUUUGUCUCAUCUGGUGAGAGAUUGUGUGCUUAGCCACACUUCAUUAUCCAAUCUGGUGUACAUCAAGUAUCGAUUACUUUAUUUAUAGGAUAUUUUGCAAUAAAGUAGGCGAAAGAAUGUACAUGA